CAACAUCUUGAAACAUGUACAGAUAUAAAUCUGCAACAGUUGCUUACAUUUCUUUUGAAACCUGUAGGUGCGUUCAAUCUCUCGAGAAAAGCCCGUACGUACGCUGUACUUGCUGAACACCAUGAAGCCGGGGUUCUUCCCGUACGAAGCGUUCGAGGACGGGAAGUGGGCGAAGCUCUGUCUGCUGAUGGGCGUCAACGGCGAGAUACGCAAAGUUCCCAGCAUGCCUCUUCACAGGUCCCAGCUGACUGUCCUGGUACUGCUCAACACGAGGCUCACCAUGCUGCCUGAUGACAUCGGUGAGCUGUCGAACCUGGAGGUCCUCCGCCUCAGCUUCAACCACAUCCGCACCCUCCCGCCGGGCAUCGGCAAGUGCCACGCUCUACGCUACCUCGCCGCAGACCACAACGCUCUACGGGAACUCCCCCGCGAGCUCGGCCAGCUCGCUGACACCCUGGUGUCUUUGUUUGUCAACAACAACGAGAUCGUCAAGCUGCCGUUCGAGCUGGGCUUGCUGCGGAAUCUGCGGUACCUUUCGCUGGAGAACAACCCGAUCGAGUUCCCGCAGCCCAACAUCCUGCAGCAGCCUCUGCAGCACAUCCUGGCGUACCUGCGACCGUACCUGGGAGAGACGGUCGAGGACCGAACUGUCCGCGUGGUGCUCAUGGGUGGAAGGGGCGCAGGGAAGACGACGCUUCUACAUGGGAUGCAGCGUAAGUACUGGAUCGGGACCGCCCCCGACCCAGAGAAAACCGUCUACAUCGACAUCGCAGACGUGAACCUUACUGAGAUCCAGCUGCGAGUGUUUGACCUGGCCGGAGAUGCAGACGUAUUCCAGACGCAGCUUCCGUUCGUCCCGCGCCGCUGCCUCUACCUCGUCACCUUUGACCUGAGCGUGGAAGCUGUUGACCCUGACAGUGACCUGACGUUCCAGCUGGAGGCGUCGCUGUCGAAGAUCUGCGAGCAUGCACCAAUGGCGUACGUAAUUCUGGUCGGCACGCAUGUGGACGACAAACGACUCACGAAGGACAUUCUCGACUACACCUGGGGCAAGGUGAACGCCCUGUUACAGCGAGCGCGCCCGUCACACCGUGAGAACUUCAGCGGGGAGUCGUCUAUCGGGAACUGCCUGCUGUGUCAGAAGGCCGAUCACCUCUACCGCGUGGCAGAGACACGGAACGGGCCCGGCUACGUCACGGUCGACAGCUUUCGACAGAGGACGCAGUCCAUAGACUUAGGGCGACGCUGGAGCUUUGGGAAGGCGGACGAAUUUGAGUCUCCGCACAUCCUGGGUUACUUUGAGGUGAGCGGAAAGCGACCGUGCCCCAAACCGCUCUUCAGCAUCAGUAACCGGAUCCACAACGAGAGCAUCGAGCAGCUCAAGUACGCCAUGGAAGGCUACGCGCAGCUCCUGCGUGACCCCUGCCCCAACAUCCCGAAGAAAUGGAGCGAGAUGAUCCGCUUCCUUCGCUACGAGGCGCCGCAACAGAACGCCCACCUCCAGACGCAUCCCAUCAUGCCCUUCGACGUGUACUGCGCCAUUGCAAUGACUUGUGGGAUACUGUCGGAAGAGGAGAUCACCGUGAUGACUCAGCACUUUCACCAGCAGGGCGUGUUCCUCCACUACUCCGACUCCCCCGAACUGACCAAUCACGUCUUCCUCAGCACAAAGUGGCUAACCAGUCAGCUUGGAAAGCUCCUGUCACAUGAUCAUGAACAGCCACCAAUCAGUGCAGAAGGUUUCCUUGACCACGACAUCCUGCCCAAGGUGUGGGCAGAUGUGGAGGAAAGGUACCACGGGACGCUGCUUGCCCUCUUCCGCCAUGUUGGAAUCAGCGUGAAGGUCUGCGAUACAGAGCGAGACGUUUUCCCUGGGCGAAUCCCAGCGUGUCGUCCUGAUGACGACAUCUGGAAUGCAGACCUGGCGCCGGAGGAGAGCCAGAUUACGUCGGUUUUCAGCUUCAGUCGGUACCCGCUCUCGUUCUUCUCCUCGCUGGUUGCGGCAGUGGAGCGAGACCGCGCCCAUUCCAAGCUGCUUGUGAAAAACCCAGCGGUGUACCGACAGAACUGUGUAGUGUACGUCAGCAGCAGCGUCCCCACGGGCUGCGCCGUGUGUCGUAAGCGGAACCUCUCCCACGGUGAUGCCUGGCACCUACGGGAGGCAGAGAUACCCGACACCACAGCCGCUGGGCAGGAGGAUGAUCGCGAGGAUUCCCGUAUUGCUCAUCUCUUGGAUGUACCAGAGUUUUCGGAGGAGCAAAAAUCCCGAUCGACAUCGUCUGAGUCACUCAAUGUGCAGGAGGAACCGGAGUUACCCGAGGCAGAUCAGCAGAAAUCGCCGGCAGUCAUCUUCGACAGCUCAGAUAGCGAGAGUUCGAAAACUGACUUUGUGGCCACCCAGAAGAUGCACUUCUAUCUGAACCCGAAGAGUCGGAGUUUAGAGGUCAUAGUUCGAGGGGAGCGGCCAUGCUGCGGGAUGGAGCACGUGCGGGAAAUCCUGGCAGGAAUCUUCAUGGGAAAACCCAGGUUGACACAUCAGGAGAAGGUGGUCUGCCCCUGCUGCCUGCUAGAGGGAAAACCCGCCCCUGCAUUCUUCGCUCGCGACCCAGAUAUGGAGCCAGACGGGGUGCGGGCCACCCACCAGAACAGCCACCAGCAGGACGGGGAGGAGAUCACCUGUCGAAACAGCCAUCAGCUGGGCACCUGGCGUGACCUUCUGAAAGGGACGAUACCAGAGAGCUUCCGUGCCAGAAUGCGAUGUGGUAACCAUGGUGAUGCCGACUCCACGGACAGUAUUGUGUGUCCCGCCUGUGUUCUGGAGAGGCACCCAGAACCAGCGGUGUUCGAACACGACGAGGUUGGCACAGAAGAGCAGAAGCCGCUGGUGUGUCAGAACGGCCACGAGCUGGGGACCUGGGGAGACAUCGCUAACGGGAAGAUCCCAGAGAAAUACCUGCAGCACCGGGAGGGGACGGAGAACGGAACAGAUCUCCCUCAGAAGGUCACAAACAGAAACAGCGCGGAGGUCACAGAACAGCAAGUCAUACAGCACACCCCGUCGCUUACCAACCAGUCUCAUGACAGGAAAGAGGAAACAGCAGAAACAGCAGUAACCAUGAAAACAAACUUGGAGAAUAUAAACGGCAACACAAACAACAACAACAACAACAAAGACGCAGUGGGUUCAUUUCCAUUGCUGGAACAGAUGCAAAGAAUGAUGGGAGAGAGCCCCUCAGAUGAGGCUUUGAUGAACCUUGCUCAAACAGAAUCACUUUCCGACCCACCAAACCCCACCUCGCGAAGUCCCGACUCACCGCGUACCUCCAAACGGAAAAGCUAUUCUGAAGACUACCCCCAGGAGCAGAACCCAUUCGACGAGCCCACUUGUACUUACAACAGCCCCUCCCAGCAGUAUCCAGAGGAACUGAACCCAUUUGAGGAAGUGGAGGAGCGAGUGGCGACAAUCCAGGUCGAUGAAAUGUACAUAAGCAGUCCCCUUGCCAACUCCAGUGUGCUGGGUCCUGAGGACAGUGCUGUGCAGUAGCGCCCCCCUGCAGGUCCCAGCAGAACUGAACAUACUGAUGCAGUAAAGUGCAGAUUGUGCACAUUAUUUGUGACUAUUGAUUAAGGAUCAUUGAUUGUAUGUCAUUUAUUGAUAGUUAUAGAUGACUACCAGUAGCGACUGGUCAGCACUGGGUACUUGCCUGUACUUAAUAGUUAUGACUAUGCUAAAGAAUUUCAGGUGAAUGUGCAUCCACAAAUAGUUUCAUUCAAACCCCACCAAAGCUGCUUCAAACAUUAAUGCUUGAAACAGUAGACCCAGGAGUAUAUGCUGUAUAUUCUAUAUAGAUAAAAUCUAGAUCUUUACAUAAUAUAUUCUGUAUUCACGAAUUAAAGGAGGUUAAUUAAAUCUAUCCAGUUUUCUGGACCCACCAAACUCCUUUAUAUGCAGGAGGGUGACAAAACUGGCCUUAGACCCACCAAUGUGUGCAGUAAAGUACUGAUGAGGCCUUUUCUAAUCACCCCCAAGCCAACCACCUUUGGGCACUUUGGAAUAGUCCGGACCCACUUAUUGCUGCUAGACCAAACCAAGUGUUUGGAUAUUAGGGGGUGAAUGAGAGCAAAGGAAAACAAACAAAGAAACUCAACUGUUACUUGAGAAGCUCUUUAAUGCUAGUAUUACAAACAGAUGAAGUUGUGGAGACCAAAAAGCCAUUUCAGAUGUUUGAAUGAUUCAGUGUAACAAAACUUCCCACCGACUCCGCCCAGGGGUUUAUAGAUUUGUAUCAAAAGAGAGGAGAAUAAGUUUUAAACUUUUCCCUUUUAGAAUUUUGUGUUUGUUCAUGUGUCUCCAUGACGUGUUAAUCAAAGAUUUGACUCCAGUCGCGCCUUUUCUUGUUUCUGCAUGUUUAAAAUGAUGUUCGUUAAUUAUUUUUGUUGUAAAGAAAGGUUCAGAACUUGGAAUUUUAAGCAGUUUCCAAAAUGCCCUUGUUUUAGAUUGGCCAUGUUGUUGGUAGUGGUUUUUAUGUCAUUCUAUAUGAGUACUUGAGUACUUUCAUGACAGAAAUAGAUAUUGAUUAGAAGAACACAAAAUGUCAGAAGUAUCUACAUCAACAUAUAUAAGCAAACUUGUUUGUACAUGUUUUUAUCAGGCUAGAAAGUAAAUAGAUCAUUGAAUUACCCUUAUGAUAUCUUUUAAAAUGUUUCUGUAAGUAAUGAAUCAUAUGCAAAGGCUAGAUUCUGUGCUGGAUGUCAGUAUUAUGUGUUGUUUGUGUAUUAUUUAUUUAUAAUGCCAACAGAUAAUUAUUGUUUUUUUUUUUCAAAUGUGUAUUGUAUUUUAUAUUGUUAUGGUGUUGAUGGUACUUUUG